AUGGCGUCGUCAGACCCGCGCUUCACGCCGCAGAACACCACGACGCAGCAGCGGCUGUCGAGCAACACGGUCGGCCUCGUCGCCCUGUCCGACUUCCGCAAGCGCCGCGCCGAGGUCCUCGAGCAGCAGGAGCGCGAGGCUCGCGAGGCCCGCGAGGCCGUCGCCCGAGGGACGCCGCUGGGAGCAGCAGCAGCGGACACGCCGUCGUCGUCGGAACGCGAGCGCACCGCCACCCCUGACGUGCCGAGCGACGCGUCGGGCCCGCGCAAGAAGCCGAAGCAGCAGAAGAAGGGCGACGCGCCCAAGGGGAAGAAGGCGAAGAAGCGAGGCGCGGCGAAGUUGUCCUUUGGGGUCGACGAGGACGAGGACGGGGACGAGGACGGAGGGGAUGGGGAUAGCGGCGAGGGGGUCAAGAAGAGCGCAAAGGACGACAAUAACGACCAGGACAACAACGACGACGAUGACGAGGGGGGCAACGGCGGCAAUGGGAAUACGCGGAAGGAUAGGGAUAACAAGAAGUCGAAAUUCCAGGCGAACGCGUCGGUCUCGAUCGUGCCGCGGGUGGUGACCAAGGCGGCGCUGCGGCGGGAGGCGGCGGAGCGGGAGGCGCUGCGGCGCGAGUUCCUGGCGCGGCAGGAGGCGACCAAGGCGGCCGAGAUCGCGGUCCCGUUCGUCUUCUACGACGGCACCGACAUCCCGGGCGGCGUCGUGCGCGUCCGCAAGGGCGACUUCAUCUGGGUCUUCCUCGACAAGAGCCGCAAGGUCGGCGCCGACCUCGGCGUCGGCGAGAAGCCCAACUCGCGCCGCGAGUGGGCGCGCGUCGGCGUCGACGACCUCAUGAUUGUGCGCGGGAAUAUCAUCAUACCUCACCAUUACGACUUUAUGUUCUUCAUCAUGAACAAGACCAUCGGCCCCACCGGCAAGCUGCUCUUCGACUACUCCACCGAGGAUCACACCAAGGCAGCGGAAUCCCGGUCCGACGCUGCUAAGCCGGCGAAGAAGCCCUUGGCCGUGAGCGACCUCGAGGGUGCUUCCGACGACCCGGCCUUCACCAAGGUAGUCGACCGGCGGUGGUACGAGCGGAACAAGCACAUCUACCCGGCCAGCGUCUGGCAGCAGUUCGACCCGGAGAAGGACUACCAGAACGAAGUGAGGCGCGAUACCGGCGGGAACGCCUUCUUCUAUUCCUGA